AUAAAAAAGAGGUGCAUUUGUAUUGCUUGGUCGCAUCGCGAUGAUUCAAGUUUACAAAGAAGCUGAGUCAGAGAAAAACCCUAUUGAUUAUCACUCAUAGUCUAGUCCAGUGUAGGGUUUAUAGAUGGGGCAUAGCUCCAAAAAGAAGAAGCGAGGCGGAGGCGGUGGCGGUGGGAGACGCAGCAAGGCCAGCAGAGCUGAUCACAAUUCUCUUCGUUCCGAUGACAACGAACUUCUCGCCGAGGAAAUUACUGCUUUGUGUGCUAUAUUCCAGGAUGACUGCAGAGUGGUUUCAGAGUCUCCUCCUCAAGUUAAUAUCAAUCUCAGGCCGUACUCGAAGGAUAUGGGUUAUGAGGAGUUAGACAUUUCCGCUCUUCUUUCGGUUAGAUAUUUACCUGGAUAUCCUUACAAGUGCCCGAAGCUGCAGAUAAGUCCCGAAAAAGGUUUAUCCACUUCAGAAUGCGAUAAGCUACUAGCAUUGCUUCAUGACCAAGCCAAUUCUAAUGCUCGAGAAGGACGUGUUAUGAUUUACAAUUUAGUAGAGGCUGCUCAAGAGUUUUUGUCUGAGAUUGCUCCGCUUGGACAAUUACAUGACUCAGCGGCAGGCAAAAAUAGCAUUACCUCUGUAGAUGAACCGCCAAUAUAUUUCGAAAAAGCUUGCUUAAUGCGCGGGCCUUUUGUUUAUGGUUUCCUAGAUCUUUUCAGUGGUUCGGGGGAGUCGUGGCAGUUUAGCCUUGCAAUGGAAGAUAGUAGGCAUAUGGACUCUACAUUAGAUGGUCAUAGACAUGGGUAUGGGACUCCAGAGAAGACAAUUGGGCAUGAUGUGAUGCCGUCAUUUGAGGUGACUAAGCAGGGCAAUCUACGUAACCUUUCUGGAAAGACUGCUUUGCGUACGUCUACGGCAAAUUUGGAAAUGCUUGAUGAAAAGAGUGAAGAAGAAAGUAGUUCUGAUACAUUCAGUGAUCAAGCAGAAGAAUCAGAUGGAAAUGCUACAUCUAGUGAGGAUGCUCUUGUGGAUGAACAUUUAGCAGAAAUUGAUUAUGACCAAGAAAGUACCGAACAGUCAUUAUAUAUAGCUUCUCCAAUACAGGAUCAGUCAUCUCAAACAAAUGCACGAGAUUUGAUUCUGGCUCACUUACUUCGGGUUGCUUGUGCUCCUAAAGGCCCGUUAGCUGAUUCUUUGCCAGAAAUUACUUCAGAACUGUACAACCUAGGAGUUGUCUCCCAUCAAGUACGAGAUUAUGCUCUUAAGUCGGCUCCACUAUUCGACAGAACUUUUAACCAUGUGUUUGCUCAUCAUAUGGCUUCUUCCAAGAACACACAUUUUUGGAUGGCUUCUUCUGACAUUGGAGAGCAAAAUUCAUCAGCUACUCCAAGUUCGCGUUAUUUAAAUGAUUUUGAGGAGCUUCAACCUCUGGGUCAGGGUGGAUUUGGGCAUGUUGUGCUUUGCAAGAAUAAGCUAGAUGGAAGGCAGUAUGCAAUGAAGAAAAUUCGCUUGAAGGAUAAAAGUCCACCAGUUAAUGAUAGAAUAGUGAGGGAAGUGGCUACAUUGUCCCGUCUGCAGCAUCAGCAUGUUGUCCGUUACUAUCAGGCUUGGUUUGAAACAGGAGUUUUUGGGCACAAUGAUGGACUCUGGGGUUCUGAAAGUGCAAGAAGCUCCAGUUUCAGCUAUAUAGAUGCAAAUCCAACAGACCUUACAGAGAAUGACAAAAUUGAGUCAACAUAUCUAUAUAUUCAAAUGGAGUAUUGCCCAAGGACCCUUCGACAGAUGUUUGAAUCUUAUGAUCAUUUUGACAAGGAACGUGCAUGGAAUUUUUCUCGACAAAUUGUAGAAGGACUAGCUCAUAUUCAUGGACAAGGAAUUAUACACCGUGAUUUGACACCAAAUAAUAUCUUUUUUGAUGCCCGCAGUGAUAUCAAGAUUGGGGAUUUUGGUCUUGCAAAGUUCUUGAAGCUUGAGCAACUGGAACAAGAUCUGGAUCUUGCUGAGACACCAGGAGUAUCAGUUGAUGGUACUGGGCGUGUUGGGACAUAUUUCUAUACUGCACCAGAAAUUGAGCAAGGGUGGUUAAAAAUCAACGAGAAGGCAGACAUGUACAGCUUUGGAAUCGUCUUUCUUGAGCUGUGGCAUCCAUUUACUACAGCUAUGGAACGACACAUUGUCCUGUCUGACCUUAAACAGAAGGGAGAACUUCCUUCUGAUUGGGUUGCUGAAUUUCCAGAGCAAGCAAUGCUAUUACGACGCUUGAUGUCUCCUAGUCCCUCGGACCGUCCAUCAGCAACAGAGCUCCUUAAACAUGUUUUCCCUCCUCGAAUGGAAUACGAGCUGGUUGAUAAUAUUCUGCGUAAGAUGCAUUCCUCAGAGGAUACCAGUAUUCGGGAUAAAGUUGUCAAUGCUUUAUUUGACGAGGAGAUUGUAGCUCCGAAAGCACGCCAAGAAACUUUUGAUACACCAAAGCUUAGAGAACAUGACGCAUCUAUUCAAUACACAGAGCUAGAUACUGCAGUACGUGAUCAGGUUGUGGAAGUCACCGUUGAAGUGUUUAAGCAACAUUGUGCAAAACAUAUGGAGAUAUUACCCAUGCAACUGCUAGGCAGUAGUUCACAACUUGAAAGGAAGACUGUGAAAUUGUUAGCCAAUGGGGGGGACAUGAUUGAGCUUUGCCAGGAGCUGCGCUUGCCCUUUGUGAAUUGGGUUGUUGCAAACCAGAAGACUGCUUACAAACGGUAUGAAGUAUGUUGUGUAUAUCGCCGUGCAAUUGGCCAUUCACCGCCAAAUCGUUACCUUCAGGGGGACUUGGAUAUAGUAGGAGGUGCACCUGCACUAACAGAAGCUGAAGUCAUCAAGGCUGCAAUGAGCAUUAUAAUGAACUGUUUUCAUCCGGAAUCUUGUGAUAUUCAUCUCAAUCAUGGGUACUUACUGGAUGCAUUAUGGUCAUGGAUAGGAAUUAAAGACGACUGCAGGCACAAAGUAGCAGAGCUGCUGUCUAUGUUGGGCUCUUUGCGUCCUCAAUCUCCUGAAAGAAAGUUGAAGUGGGGUCUUAUUAGGCAACAACUUCGACAGGAGCUUAAUUUGACAGAAGCUGCUGUGAAUAAACUGCACACUGUUGUGUUAAGAUUCUGUGGUGAUGCUGAUCAGGCCCUUCCUAGAUUGAGAGGUGCACUUCCAUCAGAUAAGGCCACACGCAAAGCACUUGAUGAGUUAGCAGAGCUUAUGAGUUACUUAAGAGUCUGGAAGCUUGAUAAGCAUGUCCACGUUGAUCCCCUUAUGCCACCAACUGAGAGUUAUCACAGGAAUUUAUUUUUUCAGAUUUUUUUGAGGAAGGAUAACAAUUCUGGUUCGCUCGUGGAAGGAACUCUCCUUGCAGUUGGUGGUCGUUAUGAUCACCUGAUUCACAGUUUAUGGACUAAAAUUUAUAAAUCAAAUCCUCCAGGUGCUGUUGGGACCAGCAUUGCUCUUGAGACGAUAAUUCAACACUCUUCUGUAGAAAUUAAAUCUUUCAGGAAUGAUGCCACAAGUAGUGUUUUAGUUUGCUCAAGAGGAGGCGGUGGUUUGCUAAGGGAACGGAUGGAACUUGUUGCCGAAUUAUGGGAGGAGAAAAUUAGGGCUGAGUUUGUUCCAGCGUCUGAUCCAAGUCUUACAGAGCAGUAUGAGUAUGCAAAUGAGCGUGAUAUACGAUGUCUUGUAAUCAUCACAGAAAUGAGUGUAUCAGAGAAAGGUUCGGUCCAGGUUCGUCAUCUAGAUCUUAAAAGGACCAAAGAAGUUGAUAGGGAAAACGUGGUUAAGUUUUUGUCGGAUGCAUUCGCCUCCCAGUUUAGGAAUCCAUCCAUGUGGACAUAGGUCACUUUUCUGAAAGACUGCUCUUGAAGUCUGCAGGCAUGCCUUUGUAGAUUUCAUAAUCGAUCCAUGAGCGUCAUGUAUUGUGUAUAUAUGUCCAGGUGGGACAUUUCCCUGGUGCAUAUUUUUGUUAUUGGAAUUAAGUUUUGCACUCGUGCUCCACAGAUAUGCUUACGUGUUUGAAGGGUUAUCGACAUUGCCAGGUGAGCCAUUGAGAUAUGUAAUCCUGAUUCCUGAGGAAUGUUUCCGGGUUUGCCAGAUGAAGAAAAGAUGUACAUUAUACGCCCAGAUGCAGAUCAGGACUCCUGCCAAAACAGAAGGUGGCUCAUAUGUGACCACAUGCAUAUACUCAGCUGGUACUGUGUGCAAUUCAUGGAAUUUGAAUCUGUUUAAUACAGUUGAUUAGUUCAUUGGGUACAUGAUCAUAAUGCAAGCAGUCAGAGGGUAUAUAUAGAUCUAGAUCUGAAAGAGAGGUUUCGCUAGUGGGGCCUAAUAAUUUUUUUAAUCAUUCAAACACAAAAUCUGUAUUAUUAUAUCUAUAUAUGGGAAAUAUGUAGAUGCUAAAUAGUAUAGUUACAUCAAUGGCUAUCUAAGCAUCUAAAGUGGUUGCAGAAUUCGCAGUAUUAGUUACUUUUUCCCGUAACAAAAGAUGUCGGCUAUAUAUUUUUCGCAACCUUAGAUUUCAGGAUCUUUUUUAUUAUAAUUUAUAUCUAUCAUAUAUAUUCUCAUUCACAUCAUCAA